CCAUUCUGAUGAUUACUUUGUAGUUUUGAUUCUGCGUGGUGAAAAAGUUAAAAUGGUGGGUGGCUUGGCCUCUCAAGUACGGGUCAGGAGCUCUAAGGUCAAAAUGGUCCUUAAUGUUAAUUAAGACGAGUGCCGUGUGUUAUAUCAGAGGCUUUAGCUUGCUUGAUUUGGCCAUUUGAGAGUUCACUCCCAUUUGUGAUCCAUUUUUCAAACCAAAUUUUUUUUUCACCCAUGCAAGCUAACAUAUUAAAAUUUUUAUACGCAACAUUUGAGAGCUUUAUUUUAAUAUUAAAAAUUGGAUAUUAAUAAUUGAACAAAAACUCAAGCACGUUUUUCAUUUAAGUUGCUUCACCAGCUAAGCAGAUGUGUUUGAAGCACGAGGUAUUGCUGAAGUAUUGAAGGUAUUAAAUCACCGGCAGAUUUUUGGACUAUCGACCAAAAAACAACAAGAAGUCAGCUUAAACGCAGCAAUUGAAUAUAAUACAUAUCUUAUCACAUUAUUUUGUGAAUUAAAAUGUCCAGCACAGCUUCAGAUAAGAUUAUUUACGACGUGGACUAUUUUGGAUUCUACGAUGCGAAGUAUAUUUCAAAGUUUCAAAAGUACUCAUGGCGGGAACUUCGCUACACGUGUCAAGCUCUCGGUCUUCCCUCUUGUUCCUUCGACCGAGCAGUGGAACGAAAAGACAUGCCCUUCUACAUCCAAACCCGAAUCAGUGACUCGGGAAUCGAGUUCAUAGGAGUCCGAGACCUCAUAGACGCCAGUUAUCUAGACGAACACUUCUCGGAAGCCACUAAUCUGCAUCCGGUUGAAUACCAGUGUCAAUGUGUACUGGAAUCUCUGAAAUUGCUUGAAACUCAUCAGAUAACGUUCUCGAUGCUUCAGGCAGCGAGACUGCUGUUUUACUUCCACGAGAAACCGACUGAGCUUAAGGGAAUGAAAUACGAUCUGGCUCUGAUGCGAAAGCUAUUGAAGUACCUGGGAUUAAUUUUGCCGACUAAAAUACUAGACCAAUUAUUGAGAGGACAACUAAGGUCAGCUAGCAGAAAAAACUACUUGCAAUUAUUUGAGUUUAUCCAACUUCUUCCCAAGUGUCAAAAAAUCAGACCGGAAUUGGAAAAGGAACGUCAAGUUGUGGUUAGAUCAGAUUUGGAUUCUUUGAACCAACUUGGAAAAAAUAGUGCACGAUUACAAAAGAUGCAAAGAGCUAAAACUGCGACAAAAACUGUGCGGAAAUUUUGCGAGCCGCACAAGAUGGUCGAUUUCAGACAAAUUCUGACAACUCCAGAGACGAGAGCUCAAACCCGGCUGGAUAGCGACCACGACAAAAACCAGUUCCUAUUUCUAGACUUGUUCGAAAGCAGUGACGUCAUUAAUGAGUUGUUCAAAGCAAACUCUUCGAAAGGAUACUUCGGGGCCACAAGAACAACUAUGAAUACAGAUACCGAGGAAGAGUUAAGACAAGACAACAGACUCGAAUCACGACUUCUCAAAUUGGACAUUACAGGAGGCCGAAGUGCAAUUGUUCACGCCAAAGUCGGUCAUCUGAGGCCACGACAUCAAAGCGCCCCACCGUCUCGGCUUUCGUCCUAUUUAGGAGAAAAAAGUCGAGAGAACUUUGUUACCUCCACGCCCUCGAAUUGGCUUAAAUUACAAGACGCAAUAAAAUACGCACGAAUUCCAAAACAACUGCCGAGUUCUCCGCAUGAAGAUUUCGUCAACCAAUCAAGAUUCUCGAAAAAAGAGAUUCCUCCGAUUGUGAGCGAAGAGGAAAAAUUUGAUCUGCGAGAAAAAAUGAGCGACAUAAAUUUUAGACUACACUUUCCAGACGCAUCGUUUUAUUUGAAGUCUUGACUUAAUUUACUGAGCUAGUUAAAUGUUAAAUAGUUUUUAAAUGUUUUCAGGCCAUUCAAAAAGUACCGUUGGAAUGAUGCUUAAAAUUAUACUGUUUGUGCAAUCAAUUUCGGUUUGGGAUUUUUCAACUCGAAAUCUGACAUCAUCAA